GCUCGCGUGUCUGUUUUGCGUGGCGGCAGCUUCUACCCCCUUGCGUCGCUGUUUUCGCUUGUCAGCGCCAGGCUCUGCUCUUCGUCUAGCACCUCGACAUCAUCGCUGUCAAUGACGCGCACGCCAAACCGCCUUUUCCCGACGAUGACAAUCAGCUACCAGGAGCUUGCGAAGAUCUCGAAGCUGGAAAGGCAAAGCCCCAAGACCGCGAAGUUUCCCUUCACACCGCAACUACAUUCGCUCCUGGAAGCUUCAGCGGAGCCAACCUCGCGCAAUCCUGGAGCAAAUGGGCAGCGCGCACAGCACCCCAGUUCGCUACAUCGGCACAACCAGAGGGUCCGCUGUCUGCAGCUACAAGUAAGACGUCAAACACCUCAUCGCAGGUGCCCCUGUGGAUCUCUGCUGGACUCUUGGACUUGGGUGAUAGCGGCAGUCCAUCUUCCAUCGCAACUACGUUGUCGAAGUCGGCAGAAGAGCAGGAGAACGUCCCAACGUCGUUGGCGGUGCGACUGCACUACAUAUUACAGCCUUGCUCCAGGAAUGCUCGCGUCCAACGCAAGAAGGGAGUCGGCGAGCCGAGACCUUCCAAAGGACUGCUUUUUUGGUACCUACGUCAGCGCCUGCGCAGCCCGUUCCUUGGAUACCAAUAUACGACACAAUUCACAAUUAUGUACUCCAACUCCUCGACAAGAUACAGCGUCUGCCUGCCUUGUUUCUGCAGGGGUACACAGAGGUCCAGCAGCCGUCCUAGACCGCUUUGUCGGAGGAUGGAAUGGACGUGAUCUUCUCGGAUCGCGAACGCCACUGCAACAGAUCCGGAGGCGCCGGCGUCAUGUACAAGGUCGAGGAGCACUGGUACGACAAUGCGUUCGCUCUCGGCAAUGUCGAGCGCAGCCAGGACGCGACUACGUAGAGACUGCGAUGCCAACCGUCGUCGUCGUGAAGUCCAUGCCGGAACGAUUGCGGCCUGCUGGAGAAGCCGAACGCAUCAUCCUGGAUGUCUGCCCCUCUGUUGGGACGAACAUCAUGGCCGCGUAUAUGCAGCUGGUCGACGUCUUGUUUAUAACAAGAUGGAGAGCGCCGUGCAUUCACAUGCCGCCGCCGCGUCCUCUGUAGCCUGAAGCACGCCUGGGGCCCGUGGUGACGCGCUAGCAACACCUUUCGGCGUGAAGUUCUGGACUAGGAAGUCACGCUAAUGC